CAAGACAGCUCGUCUAAAGUCGCGGCGUGAGUGUUUUUUUUCGGCCCCAAGAAAAGCGCAGGCAAAACAAAAACAUUGGCAUCCCUCAGGAAAAAUCUCGCCAGCAUUCUAGGAAAUAAAUUGGGACCCAUGAAGCCCACAAUUGUGGCCGACGAAAUGUUCCCCGAAGGGGCGGGACCGUUCAUGGAUCUCGAGGAGGCGGGAGGCUCUUCCGGACUGCUGAUGGAUCUGGCGGCCAAUGAGAAGGAUGUGCACGCGGAUUUUUUCAAUGCCUUCGAGGAUCUGUUCGACGAGAGCGAUAUGCAAAUCUAGCGCUCCGCCCCAAGAAGGAAAUCACAAUGUUUUUACGGUUCCACAUUUAAAAUUUAAUAUAUCUUAAAAGGUACAAAAAAUCUUUCUUCUUGAUGCUUUUUCUCUCUUCUUGAGGUCUGAGAAAAUAUUUCACUUCUGCCCGCGUCGGGCGGAAAAGGUGCUUCAGCGGGGCGCGCUCUAGAGCACCCCCAUCGGAUCGGUGUUCUCAAGAAGGGUAAAAUAAUUCAUUAUAUUGUACUCUUCGCACACUGAAGAAUAAUUACGUUUAACAAUUCUGCCUUUUUCCAUCUCAUUUUGUAUUAUUGAUUUUACCUCAAAUAGUGCUCAAUAUUCUUCCCCAUCAAAUCUACUUCACAAUUCACUUAUAGUAAAAAUAUUUUAAAGUUUAUAAGGUACUGACUACUUUUAAUUUUUUUUCCAUCCUUAAUUCAUUAUGUCUGUGUGUGUGUGUUUGUAUUCUGCCAAUAUAACAUCAAUUCGUUCACUAAUUUUUCUUCUCUCAAAUGUUUACAUUUAAUUACUCUCCUUAUCGAAUGGCAAUUGACCAUCUCUGCUCCCCCUCGAGACGUCCAAAGACUCUCUCUCUCUCUCUCUUUCUCUCUCCGGACAACGUCUAAGAAGUGCAACGGGGACAAAUAAGACUCUUUCUCUACAUUCUAUUGCAAACAGACAAGCUCUGUUCCUCUUUAUAAUCUCUCUUCACAACAUCCGCGAAAGUCCUGCCCUUCCGCAUCUCUCUUCUGGUGCUUCGCGAAUCAAAAAAUGGGGCAAAAGAAUCGUUAGACAAAAAAGAAAAAAA